UCGGGGAAUAGCAAAAAAUCUUUUUUAUUUUGGAUAAAUUUUCCCUAUUAAAUUAUCUUGUAUCUCACUUAAAUUAAUUAAUUUUGGACAGAAAAGCAGUGAUUAUAAAAAAGAACUGAAUGAAAUCGUGUCGAUAAGAAUGUGUAGCAUCCCAAAAUGAUAUUAGAUGUGUUGAAAAGCCUCAGGAAAAUGGAUAAAAUUGAAAAAGUUUUGUUACACAAAAAAACAUUUUAUGCUCUCUUUAAUUAACCAAAAUAAAUCACCAAAAUUAGCUUUAAAUUAUACCAAAAAUACUUUCGAAAAUAACUUGAAACGAUGAAUCUCUAAUGAAGAUUACUAACAAGAAAAAUACAAUAAAAAGCAGCAAGAAGAGGAAUAGAAAAAUGGAGAAAGACAACAAGUCCAAUGAGACUGUUGCAGCAACAAAAGAACUUAAAGCGGCAGCAGUUAUUGACACAAACAGUAAAAAUAUUCAAACAUCACCGAUUGUUAUCAAAAUUGAAGCGCCAAAAGAUGCUAUUAAACCACAACAAGUUAAAAUUGAUAAUAAGAUGAGAAGUAAUAUCGAGAGUGACUUGGAGAAGCCUACGAAAUCGAGAUUAUGUCAAUUAUUUCCAAUAAUUUUAUUUCUGGUCACAUUUGCAACAGUUUUAAGUCUACUGAUAUUAUAUAUGGAUCCCUCAACUGAAUAUCGACAUCAACAAUUUAUUAGACAAAAUUUAACGCAAGAUUAUGACAUGGUAAAUACACCUCAAGACAAUGGCGAGCUUGUUUGGUUCGUGAGGGAAGUGCUGAUGAAGAAGUACCCGAUGUUAAAUCUUCCUAAAUUACCUAUGGAUCAAUUCAACUUCAACAGUAGCAGCGAUCUAGCGUCAAUAAUGUCUAAAUUCAUUGGCAAAGAUUUAUUUGGAAAUAAAAAGUCAGGCUAUUACUUCCAAUCGCUUACGGGUACAAACGGUAAAAUGAUUCCAGCACCUUGGCUCACCGAGAGUCUCCAAUGGGGCGGAUGUAUUGUCGAACCAGAUCCAUUGAAAUAUUUUCAACUUAGAAAACUUUAUGCGAAACGAGACGAAACUAAAAUUAUUCAUGCUUCACUAUCACCUCAGAAAUAUCCAAAGGAGGUGACUCUUCAUUAUGAGGAAACAGAAAGUGAGGUAAAAGUGGAAACGAUGAAUGAUGAACCAGAGAGAAUUAAAUGCUUUCCACUGUAUACCAUCUUAUUGGCAUUAAAUCGAACACAACUUGAUUUAUUGAGUUUAGGAUGUCAGGGACAGGAACUGGAAAUCCUUCAAACGAUACCUUGGGAUAGAAUAUCAAUCGAGGUGAUAAGCAUUCAUCUCGUCCAUUUCUCACAUAAAAUUGACUAUCCACUCUAUGCGAGUGAAUUAAUCAAAUAUUUAGAGGAUCUCUCUUAUCAACUCGUGUGGAAUCACGAGAGAAAUUUCGUAUUUAAGAAAGUCUCAUCAAAUUGAGUGAAAAGUCUAAAGAUAUUUCAAUAUUUUUUUCUAUUCGACACUGUAUUUUUAAUUAAUAUAAUUAAGCAUUAAUUUAUUAUUAUUAUUAAUAUUAUUAUUUCUCUUUCCAAUAUACCAAAUAUUUAAUUAAAUAGUAUGUAAUGAUAUGAAGGAAAUUAAUAUUUUAUUAUGUACAGAUAAAGAAGUGUUAAUAACGUGACCGGUCUUGGUCGAAAUGUAUCGAUUUUUAAUGAUAUUUUUGCAGACGAGAAAUGCAAAGAGAAAAGAUUAUGAAAAUAAUUAUUUUUGAUAAUGAAAUGAAUGAAAAAAAUUAAGCUACAGCUUUGAGAUUAUGUGGUUGAGAUUUCUGGACUGGAAUCGUCUUUUUUAACUCUCUUAAGUUGAUUGGUUCAAAACCUUCAAUUGAGAAUCUCAAACCAAUCAGAUUCACUAAACUUUCAUCCAGCAAGUCUCAAUUUAUCGAAUACGAAGAAUAAAAGUGCAAAAGCUAAGAAUAAAAUCUCAUAAUUUAAUUUAUUAACAA